AUGGUCACCGAUACCAUAAAGUCAGAUGAGAGCUUUAUCCCUAAGAAUAAGAAGAACAUCAAAAUAUGGUUUAGCCCAAAGAGUCGUAAAGUACGCUGUUGCAUUGAGAAACCUGUUGACUCAAACAAAUCAAAUGAAGUCCAGGGAAAGAAAGCCGAUAUGUCACCUUCUUCCAAGGACCUGUCCGUCUUCAACUUCACCUCUUCCUCCCAGGAGUCUGGGUCAUCCUCCCCUCCACGGGGGAAGGCAAAUAAGAAAAUAAAGAAAAAAAGGAUCAGCCAAACCUGCAAACAAACCCGUGUUGGUCAAAGGCCUAAAACAUGGACUCAGACUAUGCAAGAAUGUAAGAGGCUGAAGCUGGAGGCUAUCAAUCAGCAGUGGGCCUUUGGAAAAGAAGGUUCUAGAGACAACAAGAAUGAAGAGGACAAGAAAGUGAGCUCUGGAGAUGACAACAGGAGGUCCAGUAAGAGUGUUUCUUUCCAUUUCCCUCGCAGCCAGCCUGAGGAAACUCAUAAGGCUGUCCACCAAGAACAGAAUCAAAUUCCCAGUCCCCAAAAAAGCAUCCCAAGCAAUUUGGAAGUUGAAGGCACUGAGAAGCAAAGCUCUGCAGCUUUUUGUUCACCAUGUUACGAUCAACAGGUUGAGCCUGUCACUGAUAUCCCACAAGAAUCCAAUGAAAACACUCCAGGGCCUCCUCAGCCUUCCCUUGCCAGUGUGUGUAAGAGAACCAGAGAGGAUCGGGACAGUGAUGAUCCACAGAGAAUGCCAAAACAACCCAGAGCAACUUCAGGAUGGAAGAAGAGAUCAUUUCGAGAAAGAACUGCUUCAACUGAAGACUGCUCUCAGAGUCUGAGAACAUCCAGACAGUCCAAUGAGAAGCAGAAUGUGAACCCAAUCACACCAGCUACCCCUGACCUUGGGAGGAAAUCUUCAAGUGUGAGACACAAACAGGCGAAUCCUGCUUACAUGAAGAGGAACCACAAUGGAGAAACGCCACUGCAUUUAGCUGCCAUAAAG